ACUCCUCUUACAGCGUGAUAGCCUAUAGCCUAAAAGUUCAUAGCCUACAUGUGAAUUUAUCUUUGUCCCUGACAAAGAAAUGUAAAGAAAGGGUUAUCCUACAGACCAUCGAAUAUCUUGGAGUACUCUGAUUCGGAGUACUCUGAUUUGAAAUCUCGCUCAAGAUUAUGGGGCACAGACACUGGAGGCUCUCGAUUCUAACAUCUGUUCUUCUGUCGCUUCUAUUUCAGGUCAGUGCAUUCACUCCUACAAGUAAUUUUUGUAAGUGGUGUGAUCAAUCCAAUCCUGUCUGUGAGGACAACAUCUGCAUGAGUAACUGUAACUUCAGCUCCUUCUGUACGCUGGCUGAAGAAGUCUGCGUGGCUAUAUGGAAGAAGGUGAAUGAGAGUUUGACUGUACAAACUCUGUGUCAUAAUCCACGCCAUGCACUGGAGAACACAGUGCUGUCUAAUGACAGCUCCUCUGAAUGCGUGAUGACUCCUGUGCCCUCUGAGAAGAGUAUGCUCUACCUUUGCAGCUGUAUCAAAGAGCAAGACUGCAAUGACAAGCUCAUCUUUGACAAAGGAACAAAUGGUUUUUCCAGGCUCAAAAGUAAAGACGUGAUUCCAGUAGUUGUAAUAAGCCUGGUUCCUUUACUCCUGGUAGCUGUCAUUGCUGCUAUGGCCUUCUAUCUCUACCGUACACGCCAGCAGAACAAACAGCCCAAAGACUGGCCCCCAAAGCGCACUCAUUACCAGUCCCUCAAACCACCAGAUGGCUGCAUUCGUGAAGCCAAUGGCAUCGACUACCAUGGCAAGCUUCUGUCACUCAGUAAUGACGCAAAUUCAGACAUGUCAUCAAGCUGCGCAAACAGCUUAAACCACAACACAGAGCACCUACCCAUCCAGCUGGAGGCGCUAGUAGGUAAAGGGCGAUUUGCUGAGGUGUGGCGUGCACAACUCAACCACAGUGAAUGUGGCCAAUAUGAAACAGUGGCAGUGAAAAUUUUUCCUGCUGUGGAGUAUGCCUCAUGGCGCAAUGAGAGGGCCAUCUUCUCUGAUGCCAACUUAAAACAUGAGAACAUUGUACAGUUUCUCACAGCAGAGGAGCGUGGUGGUACAGCUAGUACCCCCCAGAGGCAGUACUGGCUCAUCAUGGCCUAUCAUGCCCUGGGUAACCUGCAGGACUUCCUAGCCAGCCAUGUCCUCAGCUGGACCGAGCUUUGUGCAAUGGCUGGCUCGGUGGCACGAGGACUAGCACACCUACACAGUGACACCACUCUCAGUGGCAUGUCAAAAGUGCCCAUAGCUCACCGCGACCUGAAGAGCAGCAACAUUGUGGUGAAAAGCCCCAGAGAGUGUGUAUUGUGCGACUUUGGCUUGGCUCUGCGGUUGGAUCUAACGCUCACUGUGGAUGACUUUGCUAACAGUGGACAGGUUGGCACUGCACGCUACAUGGCUCCAGAAGUCCUAGAAUCUCGAGUGAACCUAGAGGACUUGGAGUCCUUCAAACAGAUGGAUGUCUAUUCCAUGGCCCUGGUGCUGUGGGAAAUGGCCUCUCGCUGUGAUGUCAUAGGAGAGGUGAAGAAUUAUGAACCUCCAUUUGGUUCAAAGGUGUGUGAGCAGCCAUGCGUGGACAGCAUGAGGGAUCUGGUGCUGAGGGACAGGGGUCGUCCUGAUAUCCCACCUAGCUGGACAAUACACCAAGGAAUGAAGCUACUGUGUGCCACUAUCACAGAGUGCUGGGACCAUGACCCAGAGGCGCGUCUGACAGCACACUGUGUGCUGGAGCGCUUCAAUGCGCUGACCCAAGAGGAGUUGGAGAGUACCACAAUCACCGUUCUUCUUCCUAGCUCCACAGAGCAGCCAGAGUCCUGUCUCGCCUCUCCCUGCAUGGAGCACAGCACUGGGAGCUCACCAACAUCUCCAUCCCAUCCACAAGCUCCUACUACAGCUGCAACCCAGGAUACUGGCCCCAUCAGGCAACUGAGUGAAGUGUGACCACUCCCAAAGGCCUACAAGACAGACUUAUUUUUGUAUACCAUAUUGGUUCAAUAUGUGGAGCUGGUCUCCAUUGGUUUCUUAUUAUUGUUUAUCUAAAUAUCAGCUUUUGUUUUGGUGCAAAAAGAAUUAAUGAACAUAUUAUACGACUGAACAAGGACUGAAGAAUUCCAAGUAAGAAAAUAUAGCUUCUGACUUUGAGUUUAUCCCAUUCCCAUAACUUCUUAGUUCUUCGGUAGACUGCUCCUGCAAAAGGGGUAUGUUGCCCUCAGUCAGCAGCAUGUGAACCACAUUUUGGGGUAGCAAUUUAAGCUUCAGUCUUCGGCACCCCAGCAGAUAUUUAAAAUACUAGUUUUACAGACUGCAAUAUGCCAGUCUUAAAUGAUCCUGAAUGAGAGAUGGAAAGUUAAUGUAGCAGGAGCAAGGGACAGGGACCUCACUGUGCUAGCAUAGUUUUCCAAAAACUGUUUACCACACAUCAUUUUCUCAUUUAAGAUUUUUCCAUUGCCCUCUGAGUUGCUUUCUUUUAACAACACUGUGGUCUUCCCAUGAGCUUGGCUUUUAGAGGGUUUCAAUUUGAUUAACCACAGGCCCUAAAGUAAGUAUAUGUGUCAAAGGCCCAACACACUAGUGGAACAUUUUUUUCAAAUGAAAGAAAGUCAGAGUUUUAUCAUUUCUCUAAUUUGAUCAGUGCUCAUACGCAUUUCUUUAUGGAAACAAUUCUUAGCUCUUUUGCAAUCUGCUAUGGACUUGAGGUUUACAAUCAUUCAUAUGCCAAGCUUCUUUAAUUGGUGACUUGCCAUUUUCAGUUAAUACUAACUUGUCUAACCCAGUGGGGUCAUACACUCAUAUACCCAGAGGUCAUGGGAAGAGUUUGCACUAGAUUUAGAUCAUAAACAAUUAACUAAUCAAAGCACUCUUUAUUGUUUUAGAUAUUCACCCAGCCAAUUUCUCAUUAGAAAGCUAACAUGCCUGAGUAAAAGGACAUGUACCAAUUAGGAGACAUGGGAUGCCAAUUAACUUGUCCUGACUUUGUUUUUGUGUGAAAUUAAAUUCAGUACAUUUCCCAAGAGUCAGAGGACAAAGUCCUUUGAUGACAAGGGCAGAGUAUCACUAA